AUGUCCGCUACAAAUUGGGUAAUCCUAACAUCGCUAACAUUUAUCUUUAUUGGAAAGUUUCUCCAAUACUCCACCUCCUACCAUGAGAAUUGGCUCAAUAAGAUUGCUCUCGUUAUGUCUACUAACAAUGACUCGUACAAAACUUACGAGAAAAAGCUAAAAGAACGUUUGCAACUACAAGAGGAAAACCAUUCUAUCUCAGCACAGGAUAACUACGCUAAGUGGACCAAGAAUAAUCGUAGAUUGGAAAAAUUGAAUGAAGAUUUAAAAUCGUUAUCUGAACAAUUGAAGGUACAAAGAAACCAAACCACCAAAUUAUUGAAAAGUGUCAAACUUGUAUCCUUGACGGUUCCAUUCUUAAUAUUAAAGUUGUGGAAGGGUAAGUUUCCUGUUUACUAUUUGCCUCAUGCUGAAGUAUUUCCAAAGAUCAUCGGCGGAGUAUUGAGUCAAGGUUGGUUAUACUUGGGUUUGUUACCAUUGAGGAUUCUAAGAGGUGGCAACAAAGUGGAGGAACUGGAUAUUGUGCCUAAAGUUAGCGUUUCUUUAGGAAUUUGGAUAUGGGCAUUUACUAGUGUACUUGCUACCUUAGAAUUUUUGGUGAAUCAGUUCGUUUUUACCAAGAAAUUAAACAAGCCUAUUCUCAAGACUGCUCCAACUGAGGCUGAGAAAGUGGAAUUUAUUACACAUGAUGAGGUUGAACUAGACUAG